UCUCCUGGCGCUGCGCAAGUGAGCGACGUCCUGCGGGGCGCUGCACCGGAACGCUUUUGUUUGUUUUUUUUUACCGUCACAGUUCAAACAGGGAUGCUUUGCAGCACGGCCUGUGAGAAGCAACUGAAUGACUUCCGUUUCAAACGCUGUUUGUUUUUCCAGAUGCCGAAAGGACUGCUAGUUAUACAUGAUUGGUGACACCACAGAAGCUAAAGAAUGCCGACGAAAAGAUCCCAUGGAUUUGUUUCGUUCUGGCCAAGUUGUGAAAAUAUGUGCCCCCAUGGUCCGCUAUUCAAAGUUGGCUUUCAGAACCUUGGUUAGGAAAUACAGUUGCGAUUUGUGUUACACACCAAUGAUAGUGGCAGCAGAUUUUGUGAGAUCUGCAAAAGCAAGAGACAGUGAAUUCACAACAAACAAAGGUGACCAUCCAUUGAUUGUUCAGUUCGCUGCUAAAGAAGCACAGGUUUUGUGUGAUGCUGCACAUAUCGUCUGUCCUUUCGCAGAUGGAAUAGACCUAAACUGUGGUUGUCCUCAGAGAUGGGCCAUGGCAGAAGGUUAUGGUGCUUGCUUAAUAAACAAACCAGAACUCGUUAAAGACAUGGUGAGACACGUACGAAAUCAGAUCAACAACCCUAAAUUUUCAGUAUCUAUUAAAAUAAGGAUCCAUGAGGACUUAAAAAGAACAGUUGACCUGUGUCAAAAAGCUGAAGCAGCUGGAGUUUCAUGGAUUACAGUACACGGGAGAAGUAUAGAAGAAAGGCAUCAGCCUGUACAUUAUGAUGCAAUUAAAACAAUUAAACAAAGCAUGUCUAUACCUAUUGUGGCUAAUGGAGACAUUAAGACUUUAAAAGAUGCUGAAAAUGUUCAUCAGUUGACAGAAGCAGAUGGUAUAAUGGCAGCUAGAGGACUCUUGGCAAACCCAGCUAUGUUUGCAGGAUACGAAGAGACACCUUUGAAGUGCAUCCAGGACUGGGUUGACAUUGCUCUUGAGCAUGGAACUCCUUUUACAUGUUUCCACCACCACUUAAUGUACAUGAUGGAAUGGAUAACGUCAAAACAAGAAAAAAAAGUUUUUAAUGUUUUAUCGAGUACCUCAGCAGUACUAGAUUACCUGAAUGACCAUUAUGGUGUGUGAUAAAUGGAAGUAUUUUAAUUCUAUGUAAACUUAUAUUUUGCAAUUGUUGAUACAUUGUUAAAGUUUUAAUUGGGUUCCUGCUUCUUAGUCACAUUUAUCAAUUGUGUAAGUAUUUUCAACACAGCAUAACAUCAUUAGGAUGGUAAUUUAUUUUUUUAGUAUUUUUGUGUGUACAUUUUCCCCUCUAGAAAAUAUUCCAGAUUCCACAAAUGUGGAAUUUGGUUUACAGUGCACAUGUGGGAGAGGGGAGAUUAUUUUAAGGCUCCAGUAAUUUACAUUUUCACCAGACAAUUGCUUACAGCAAUAUUAUUGCAAAACUAGGGCCUUUCUUACAUGAAACCUCCUAAAAUCAGGACUACUGACAAAUAAUGCCAGUAAUUUCAGACCAAAAGAAUACAAAGGGAGCAAUUAUAGAAGUUUUUGCUUUAACUGACAUAAGUGGAAUUUAAAUUUCAGUAGAUUUUUAAACUUUAGGACUGUGAGGCUUUGAAGCCCAGCAUACUAUCCUCUUUUAAAUUAGGUGUUCCUUUUGCAGACUAAAAAAAAACUUUCUAAACUUACUUACAACUUAGAAAAAUUCCAUACUUCACAUAGCAGAAGAAAUAUGGAACAGAUGAACACUGGUGGAAGGAAGGAAGGAAAAAGUACAAUGAAGAGACAGUUUAAACUAAGUAUGAACUUAGCUUGAAUCUAAAAUAGAAGACUUGAGAGUUCAAUUUAAAUUCAGUUUUGUUUAUCUACUGUAUGAUAAUUGUAUACCAGAUCCCUACCAUUUACCACACCAGAACUUUUUAGGUCAAAGAAAAGCUGACAGAUUCUCUCAGUAGGGCUCUUGCAGUCCUUUCUGCCCACUGGCAUGUUGCUUAUCAAAGCAUGACAGCCACUUGGCUUUGAAUCACUGUAUAGGGGUGAAAUAGUGAAAACUAGAACAGGAUGAUAAACAUUACACACCAGCUGCAUUUGUUCUGCAAGGGAAAUUUCACAAAACUGUGCAGUAGAAUUACUUGUAAUCAAAUAAUUUGUUUUCUUUAUAUGUUUACACAGAAAUUCAUACCAAAAAUUUCCUAGUUUUUUGACUGUGAUUGUUCUAUGAAUAUACUUGUGAAUAGUUCCAAAUUUUCUAAAUAAAUUACUUGGUUUUGUAUACAGUUGUGAUUAUUUUUUGUAAUUAUGCAACAACUUUGAGGAGGGAAGGUUGCUUUUGAUGCUACUCACAAAUAUUUUAAUAGUUUAAAUAUCUUAAAUUCUCACAAUUUUUUUUAUGCAAUGUCAUAAAAUACUUGGACAUUUUUCAUUAUGAAUAUGUCUGAUUUAGACAAAUGAAUAAAAUUUUGAAAGGCAUGACCUGAGUCAUCAAGUCUGGUUCACUAUUUAAGAAGGCAAAGUUACGUAACUCUUCCUUCCUGAUGUGUUAAUAAAUGGAAAACUGCAGAUAUGCUUUGCUAUCCUAAAGCUAAUUGAGACAAUCUCUGCAACUUUUUUUAGUUGUGAUAGUGUCUCCAUUUCUUCAGACAACUAUUUUUUCACUCUUCUGGUUUCUGAUGUUUUCUUGACAUUAGAUGAGCACAAAUUUGUAUAGCAUUUCAGGUAAGCUCACAACAAUAUCUUCUGCAGAUAAUACCUCUUCUAAUGCCUCACUUUUCCUCAACUAAUAUUUAUCAUGUAAAUUAUGAGCUUCCAGUUUUACAGAAAAAGUUCUU